AUGUCUAAACUUGCCGUCUUUCCAAUUCAGUCUAGGAACCUUGGCUCACCCCCAGACUCUAAUGACCCCCCUUCUAGAAAUUUAUUAUCGCAACCCACUCAAACACGCUCAACAAUAGCGUCUCAACUACGCCAUCUUCGAGAGCUUAUAUCGGAAUUCCAGGGCGGAGAUCUAGAGCAGAGAGACCGUGCCCUAGAGACCCUUGACCGCGAAUUAGAGGAGCUUUCGUCCGCCACUGCAUCAUCCAAUCUGCUCGACCGGCCCCGUACUUCCAGAUCUGGAGAUAACUCUGAGAGACGAGAACGGCUACGGCGUGUUAUACAAGAAGCGUCGACUUCCCUGCAGUCUCAUUUGAUCCAUUCCGGCUCAAGGCCCGUAGGCACAAGCCGGAGGCAUAGGCCCGCCAUGGCAGCCAACUCUCAAGUAGCAGAUGCACAGUUUGAGGAUCCCAAUGAAAUAAACAGCACCCAGCAAGGAGAAGCUGUGGAGCAGACUGAAGGCGCUGGUUCCCGUGAAAAUUCUUCUGAUAGGCACCAUUCAAGCCGGCGACGAAAUAAACGAAUCAAACUUGAUUCAGACGACAAACGCGAGGGUAUCCGAGGAUUCAGUUAUGGGCACUAUGGCCAAGUUGUUCCGGGUCCUUUGGAAAUGGAAAUUCUCAGCUGUGAUGGAGGUGCAUGUGGAGUGAAUGGUCGAAGCUCCUGGCCAGAAAACGUCCUAUUAAACGAUAAUUCGGUAUUUAGCGCGAAAAGUGAGAGGUGCAACAUAAUUCUACGACAUCAAGGCCAAACUCCUUUCUGCUUGAACCGUUUGAUUAUCAAGGCCCCAGAAUCUGGACUUGCUGGACCAUCUGGUAUCCGCGAAGGCAUGAUAUUUGUGACGAUGACUCCAGAUGAGAUGCUUAACCGUACAGCCCGAUAUCACAUAUUAUAUUCCUCUCGACGACAUCGAUACUCUGUAGAACACGGCAACCGGCGUUUUGUUAAAUAUCGAACCUCAGCUCAGAGAAGGGAUCGUACUGUUCUCGUACAUCCCAACCAUCCACCUUACUGUCGGCACCGCACCUUUAAUCCCGCAGACGCCGAUGCAGCCCCGAGCCAAUCCCCUGCCCCCGAUUUCCAUGUCGUAGUUCAACAACAUGACGGUUUAUACGACGCACCACCAGAAGACGACUCCGUUGACAGCCUCAUAUCUGACGUCGAUGAAGAGGAAACCGAUGACGACUGCGGCAUGCCCUGCCUAGCAGAGCUCGACAGCGAGGAGAGCGACGACGAUGUGCUCGAGUCUUCCGACCGACUUCUGCACGAUCUCCGCCGCCAAGUUCGACGGCCGCUAGGCGUCGACCCUAGAAACCAAGACCUGCGCAGUCGCUUUCUGUCCCAUUUCAUGACUCUUCCUCCGGGCGCACCCGCGGAUAGCACCGAAAAUGCGGCGCGGCAGGGGCCAAACAACGAACAGGUUCUUGCUCCGCAUGCUAAGUUUUCUAUUGGAGGACACAACGACGCGGUCACCAUCAAAUUUAACCCCCCGGUGUAA